AUGGCAAAUAACAUCAUAAAAUCAGUAGAACAUUCAUCUAAAAUUCAUCAGAAAAGUGAUCCACAACAGGUCUCUGAUAGAACAUUUUUCAUUGAUGCUUCGAAUCAGAGCUUGGUUACCAUCCCCUCAGAGAUCUUAGAAUUAAAAGAAUUAGAAGAAGUGCAUCUGGAAAACAACCAGAUGGAAGAAAUCCCCGAGGAUAUUCAGCAUUUAAAGAAUCUCAGGAUCCUCUACCUGAACAAGAACAAGCUGAGGGAGCUGUGCCCCGAGCUGGGGAAGCUGAGCAACCUGGAGGGCCUGGACCUGAGCGACAACCCCCUGCUGUCCUCCUCCCUCCCGGUCCUCAGCGGCAUCCGCACGCUGCGCGAGCUCCGCCUCUACCGCACUGACCUAGAGGAGUUCCCCAUCGUCAUAUUGAAACUCCUUCACCACCUCGAGCUGCUCGGACUGGCCGGAAACCGCCUGAAAUCUCUGCCCAAAGAAAUAGUGAACCAGAACAAACUCAGGGAGAUCUACCUGAAGCAAAACCAAUUUGAAGUUUUCCCUCCGGAGCUGUGUGUUCUCUCCAACCUGGAGAUCAUUGACCUGGAUGAGAACAAACUAAGUGCCAUCCCAGAAGAGAUCGGGAACCUGGCGAGUCUGCAGAAGUUCUACGUGGCUUAUAACAGCCUUCCCUUCCUACCCGAGUCGCUGGGCCAGUGCAGAAAACUGUCGGUGCUGGAUUUAUCCCACAACCGGUUCCACUCCAUCCCGCGCACCCUCGCCCAGCUUUCGGAGAUGACGGAGGUGGCGCUGAGCGGCAACCCCCUGGAGAAGGUGCCGCGCCUGCUCUGCAGGUGGCCCUCGCUGCACCUGCUGUACCUGAGCAACACCAGCCUGCGCGCGCUGCGGCGCUCCUUCCGGAGGCUCGUCAACCUGCGCUGCCUGGAUCUCAGCCAGAACCAUCUGGAACACUGUCCGUUGCAGAUCUGUUCGCUGAAGAACCUGGAAAUCCUGGCACUGGAUGAUAAUAAAAUAUGGCAGUUACCUUCAGACUUCAGCUCACUUUCAAAACUGAAGAUGCUUGGACUAACUGGAAAUCAGUUCUUCUCAUUUCCGGAAAAGAUCCUUUCUUUAGAGUCUUUAGAGAAGUUAUACAUUGGGCAAGAUCAGGGAGCCAAGCUCACUUAUAUACCAGAAUCCAUCAGGAAACUACAGAGCCUUAAAGAGCUGUAUAUAGAGAACAAUCAUCUGGAGUACCUGCCUGUGUCCUUGGGAUCAAUGCCUAACCUGGAAAUUCUUGAUUGCCGCCACAAUCUGCUUAAGCAACUUCCAGACGCCAUCUGCCAAGCACAAGCUUUGAAAGAAUUACUGCUCGAGGACAACUUGCUCACCGACCUUCCAGAGAAUUUGGAUAGUCUCGUGAAUCUAAAGGUUCUGACACUGAUGGACAAUCCCAUGAAAGAACCCCCAAAAGAAGUGUGCACCGAAGGCACUGAGGCAAUAUGGGCGUACCUUAAGGAAAAAAGAAAAAUGAAAAUAAUGGCAACAAAGAUUCAGGCAUGGUGGCGUGGAGUGAUGGUACGGAAGGGACUUGGGAUAUUUGAAGAACUGGUGAAAUUGCAAAAGAAAGGCAAGAAUUCUCCAAAAGAUAAGAAAGGAAAGAAGGAUGUAAAGGGAAAACCUGUAAAGGAGAAGAAGAAAUAAUUCUAUAAAUUAAUGAAUUGACAUAACUAACUCUGAUGGAUUAAGAAGGCAAAAUAUCUAGGAAUUGGAUGCCUACCACACUAAAAAUAUUCAAAGAAUUAUGGUUAUGUAUGAAAAUAAAGAUUCUUACUUUAACUGAAA